CACAGGACCUGAGCGAUGUGUCUGACCCUUCAGUUGAUUCAUAUGCUGCUCAGUGAAGCCUCAUCAGAAAUGAUCUCAGUGGAAGGGUUGCUGUCAAGAAGCCGUUAUUAAGGAAAAGAAACAGGGAGAAAAGUCAGCGAUAUUUAUAAUCUGAACAUGCUGGAGAUCAUCAUCCGUCGCUGCUGACCAUGACAAGCACUUGGGGAAGCAUGCAAACUGUUCUGUCAUGGGGACGAUGGGUUGCCAUAAGACUUGCAAGGUGGAGAAACUCCUGAGACAGUCUCAACGGGAAGUAGUGUGGAGCCAGAGACAAACGCUAGCCACAGCAAAGAAGAACAGCUGGAUGAGAGGCACGGAUAAAAGAAAUGAAGCUUUUCCCCUCCACCUUUUGGACGAGCUUUGUCUUCUAGAGGACUACAGCCGAGCUCGGCGACUUAACCCAGAGACCCUGAGCCACCAAAGGCUACAGCAGAAGUUACUGGAGACUGAGAUCAGCACCAGAAGGAAGGAGUGUGAAGCGCUUGAUGCAGAGGUGAAGAAAAAGAAUCAAACAUGUCAGACUUUGGAGAAUGAGCUUCAAGACUUUCUCCACGAGAACAAGCACUUGAAUCUACAGUUGUUCAGCAACAGCCACAAGGCAUCUGACUAUGAGGAGGUGAAGUCUGAGUAUGCCCAGCUCAAAGAGACCCUUGGUGCUGUGACACAGGAGAGAGACUUAGCCCUGUGGGAGAGGAACCAGCUCCAAGCCAAACUGGAGAACCUAGAGCAGGUGCUCAAGCAUAUGCGAGAGGCUGCGGAGCGGAGGCAGCAGCUAGAGUUGGAGCAUGAGCAGGCCUUGGCUGUACUCAAUGCAAAGCAGCAGGAGAUUGACAUUCUCCAGAAGGCUCAGGUUGAGGCUAAAAAGGAACAUGAGGGCGCUGUCCAUCUGUUAGAGAACCACUUGGACAGCAUGCAGGCCAAAGUCCGCGAGCUGGAGGAGAAAUGUCGGACUCAGAGUGAGCAGUUCAACCUCCUGUCUAAAGAGCUGGAGAAGUUUCGGCUCCAGGCUGGGAAGUUUGAUAUCCUCAGCACUGAACCCUUAACUGUGUGUGAAUCUCCUGGGUCUCCGAACAAAUCCCUGUCACAGCUCCUUAAUGGACUGGCUGCCCCCACAGAGAAAGGCAAUGAGGCCCCAACAAGCAGAUCCUUGAUAUCGGAGUUCAUUCGACCACUCCAAGUCAGUGGAGACAAGCCUGAGCUCCUCUCUGUCAAGCCAACAUUCCUCACUCGCGGUCGAGCCAGCAGUCCAGCGCGGGCUUUACUCUCUGAGAUGGACAAAGAUCUCAGCUCCACCACCAGAUCCAAACCACGGUUCACAGGGAAGGUCCGUCUGUGUGUUGCUCGCUACAGUUACAAUCCUUAUGAUGGACCCAAUGAGCAUCCUGAGGCAGAGCUCCCCCUGGUGGCUGGGAAGUACCUUUACAUUUACGGAACAAUGGACGAGGAUGGCUUUUAUGAAGGAGAGCUGCUGGAUGGACAGAGAGGACUCGUCCCAUCCAAUUUUGUAGAUUUUGUCCAAGAUGAGGAGGCGCCCUCUGUCCAGCACAGGGACAUAUUAACUAAAGAACCUGGCUACCUCAACCACAGUAGCCUGAGGCCUCAAAGACCUGGGGUCGGCACAGGAACAGGCAUAAGCAGCCUGCUGUCUGACAGUAAAUUAGACUGUCUAAGCACCAGCAGCUUGGGCAUGGACCUCCUGGGCUCCUCCACCAAUGGCACGGGAACCUUGGAUGUCAGCAUUGACGAGGUCGGUGAAGACAUUGUGCCUUAUCCCCGCCGCAUCAACCUGAUUAAGCAACUGGCCAAAAGUGUGAUUAUUGGCUGGGAUCCUCCGGUGUUCCCACCGGGCUGGGGCUCCAUUAGUGGCUACAAUGUCUUGGUGGAUAAGGAGGUUCGUAUGAGUGUCCCCUACGGGGGCAGGACAAAGUCUCUUAUUGAAAAGCUCAAUCUGGCCACAAACACCUACCGCAUCUCAGUGCAGAGCAUCACUGACAGGGGCCUGUCAGACGAACUUCGGUGCACUCUUCUCGUGGGUAAGGACGUGGUGGUGGCACCUUACUACCUGCGGGUGGACAGCAUCACGCAGGUCUCUGCUGAGCUGUCUUGGAUGCCCAGCAACAGCAACUACAGUCACACCAUCUUCCUCAACGGUGCAGAGUAUGACAUGGUCAAGGCCGGGGGCUAUAAGUACAAGUUUUUCAACUUGAAGCCGAUGACAGUUUACAAGGUGAAGGUUGUCGCGCAGCCACAUCAGGUGCCUUGGCAGCUUCCAGUGGAUCAAAGGGAAAAGAGGGAAAUCUCUGUGGAGUUCUGCACUCAGCCUGCAGGCCCCCCUCUCCCUCCCCAGGAGGUGCAGGUCCAGUGUGGUCAAACACCCGGGGUCCUGCAAGUGAGAUGGAAGCCGCCGCCCCUGACGCCUUCAGGAACCUCCAACGGAGCCAGUGUGAUAGGCUACGCCGUGUGCACAAAGGGACAAAAGAUAGCAGAGGUCUUGUACCCCACAGCAGACUAUGUGACUGUGGACUUAACCAGGAUUCAGGGUCUGGAGGCGAGGGAAGUCAUUGUAAGGACGUUAUCAACACAAGGAGAGUCCCAGGACUCGCCUGUGGCCAUCAUACCGCACAAUCUCUUGGGCUCUCCACGCCUUUCCCACAGAACCACCGCACCUUCCCAUCCCACGCCCCACCCGGUUCACUCACAAACCCACCCUCCUUACCCAUCGACGUACCCCCCGAACCACCCUCAGCCCCAGGUGCAGCCUCUGCCUCGACCCCAGCCCCACACGCUGCCCCACGCACAGCCUCACUCGCAGCCCAUCCGCCCCCCUCCUCCCUAUCCGCAGCCUCAUUUUCACCGCAACUCCAUGCCCAAAUCCAAACCAUUAGUAAGUGCCAGAGAGCCAGAAACCAAAGAGCAUGAGGUGGGCCUGCGGCCAGCCCAGCCCUGGGAACGUUCCCCAUCUCCGCUGCCUCCCAUGCGAGGUCCCAACCUGGAGCCACCGCCCUUCCAGCCACAGCGAUCUCCCUCUCCUCAGAGGAUCCUGCCGCAGCCUCAGGGAGUCCCCAUCCCCAACACCAUCGCCAAGGCCAUGGCCAGGGAAGCUGCCCAGAGAGUGUUUGCUGAGGGUAACCGGGUCGAGAAAAGGAAUAUCUUCAGUGAGCGAGGUAAUGCUUUGCAUCCUGUCAACUCUGAUGAGGAGGAGGAUGGCUACGACUCGCCUCACGCCAGGAGGAGAGGCGCCUCGGUGGAUGAAUUCCUUAGAGGCUCCGAGUUAGGCAGACAGCACCAUCAUCACCACUACAGCCACAGUGAGGAGUACUACACAGAGAGCAGCCGAGGAUCUGACCUGUCUGACAUCCUGGAGGAGGACGAGGAGGAUCUUUACUCUGAGAUGCAGCUGGAGGAAGGCCGCAGACGCAGCAUCAACUCUCACAACACUCUCAAGGCAUAUUACAAGCGUCAGGACUUAGCUGAGGAAAGAGACUGCUGGGACCUCCAGAGGGAGGUGGUGAAGCAGAAGUCGCUCCGCAGCAAGCGUCUCCACAGCAUCCCCGAGGUGGCCGAGGAAGAGUCGGACAGCGUGGACAGCAUGGGUCAGCGUCUGUCCUUCGAAGACGGGGGGCGACCGGGAACGCCACACACUCAGCGGAGGAUGUACCCCCAAGACUCUCACGUGCGCAACCAUCUCACCCCCAGCAAGAGCACCCGCCUUCAACGCCAACGCUCUUCCCCUCGCUUCACCGACAGUCGGUACUGCUACAGCGCCGACGACCGCAGCUUGGGACGACCCAACCGCCAGAACACCAAGAGCCCUGACAGCGGUUUAGAUUGCGGCAGCGAAGAAGAAGGCUCUCUAGGGCGAGGCCAUCGAGGGUACUACGCUCACGGGAGCCCCAUGCGAGGACCUGUGCGCAUCAUUCACUGUGAAGGCCCCGUAGAGAGGCGGGCGCUGGCCAUGGGCCGUAAAAGGACUCUCACACGGCAGUGCAGCGUGGAGGAGGAGUUCUCCGAUGUCCCAGUGACCGCGGCCAAGUCGGUACACACGGGUGAUUUUAGGAACAGGGAGCACUUUGGGCCCGGUCGGGAUGCUGGGCCGCGAAACUACUCCAGGGAAGGGGCCCUAAGCGAGGGCAGGCUGAACGAGCUGGACAGGGUCUAUUACAGCCCCCACAGGGAGGCUAGGGCCCAGUCUUUGUCCAGGCUCAACCGGGACCAGGCGCUGAUCAUUGGGAACUCGCCGUCACAUGGAAGCGCCGAUCGUCUGGACCAUUCAGGGAGGAGGCCGGUUCACAUCGGCACCCCCCCUCAGCGACGACCUAUCCCAUCCAUUGAGAUCACCAUGGACAGUAACAGUGAGGGGAGUGAGGGGAACCUCUCACCCGUCAAGGAGGAUGUUUACUAUGGCAGUGUAGCUCGGCGCAGGAUAUGGCGAUCUAUGUCCUCAGAGGAUCAAUAUGACGGCUUUGGUGGGCGCAGGCACGGGCGGGGACGGCGCUCCCCGGAUUACUACGAGGAGUCCGAGCCGGAGGAGAUGACCCGUGUGUUUGUGGCUCUCUUUGACUAUGACCCCCUGUCCAUGUCUCCUAACCCCGACGCUGCUGAUGAGGAGCUGCCGUUCAAGGAAGGCCAGAUCAUCAAGGUGUUUGGGAACAAAGACACGGAUGGUUUCUACAGGGCAGAGAUCCGAGACCGAGUGGGUCUGAUCCCCUGUAACAUGGUCUCCGAGAUCCAAACAGAAGACGAUGAAAUGAUGGACCAGCUCCUUAAACAGGGCUUCCUCCCACUUAACACUCCUGUGGAGAAGUUAGUGAACUGUGACCGUUUCAAAGAUGGCCGCUCAAUAAAUCGCAGGUCCAGAAAGUCCAAAAGAGAAAGAAACAGGCGAAGCGGGCGUCAGCAUCCGAUGUCCACGCGAAGAAUGGUGGCUCUGUAUGACUACGACCCCCGAGAGAGCUCCCCUAACGUUGACGUCGAGUAUGAAGGCAACAGACUGAAUGAGGAGACUGAACUGACAUUCUGUGCCGGUGAUGUCAUCACAGUUUUUGGUGAAAUAGAUGAAGAUGGAUUUUACUAUGGUGAGCUCAAUGGACACAAGGGACUUGUUCCUUCCAACUUUCUAGAAGAAGUGCCUGAUGAUGUAGAGGUUUUUCUCACUGACUCACCAUCUCGGUACCCCCAGGACACUCCAGCACGGAUAAAGACCAAAAGGGUUCCAUUGGAAAAAUCGGGUCCGCCCAGAAGAGCAGCCUCUUCCACAGUGCGUCCACACAUCCCUGGCUCUGGCCCCGCCACCGUGGGGCCCGGCAGUCCCAUCAGGGCCCCAAUGGACAUGUACUCCUCCAAAAAGAAAAAGGGACUGCUCUCCAAAGGGAAGAAACUAUUGCAAAGACUUGGCGCUGUAAAAUAAUUUCUUGACAUACUUGGAGAGUGUCAGCCAUAUCCUUGUAGUGUUUAAAAAAAAAAAAAUCCAAAUACAGUGGACAGGUGGCAUUUGUGAGCUUAGCAAAUGCUUUAUUCUUUUACAUCUGUUGUACACUAGAAUAUUUGUACUUUGUCGAACAGUAUCCACUACAUAUUUUCAAAAACACAUUUCAUAUUACGGUCCCAAGACCUCAUAAUGUCGGACGAUGUAGUGAUCUUACCUCCAACUCUCUGGCUGAUGAGAUUUUGCUGUAGAAAGGAAAGACGGGGCCUGCAGCAAUUUCCAUUUUCCACUUGGUCAAGUGCGACACUUAAGAGACAUCAUGAGUCAAGUGUGUUGUACACAGAACCCAGAAUGUCAUUCAAAUACUGAGGGCUCACUUAAACCUUGGAGUCCAGUUUGAAUUUGAUGUGAAGAUGGAUUUGAGUGUCUUUACUUGAGCUAGUCCAACAGCCAGUCAUAAACCGUACACAAGGUUUGCAUGCUUUACUUCAGCACAUUCCCUCCUGGCCCCUUCAGAUCGCAUACAAUGCAACGGGGUCAGUGUGGAACCUAGCGCAUGCAGUACUUUAAUGCAGCAUAGCUGACAUACUGUGCAGUAAACAUUGACAAAUCAGCAGAAUUAACUCCUUCUCUUCUGCCCUACUUCAACAGCUGUGAUAUAGGCAUAUUUCCCUCCCCAGAGACGUGUCAGCAACAAGCACAUACUGUAUUUACUACAGGGUCUUUGCAGUCAAAUCAGCCUAAAUGACAAUGCCUAGUAUAUCCAACCUCCAUGUAUUUGCCUUAUAAUUGCACAAUGGGUAGUACUUUGUCCAGUAGAGCAUGCAGUUUCAUGCCUACUAUUCAUUUAUGUUACUUCAUAAAAGCUGUUCGCAAAUGUCGAUCCCAACUUCUGACAUGCAGGGUAUUGUGUGUCUGUUGUGUUUCCAUACAACCAGACAGAGCUUACGUAGAACUAUUCAAGUGUCCAGUGUUGAUGUCGUCCACUCAUCGUUAAACCUCUCAAAAAUAAACAUUUUUGUAAUCCUAGAAAAACUUUUGAAAAUUCUCCCCUUAUACGAAAUUUAUAUGUAUGGAGAUUUUUUUUUUAAAGUUCACACUAUACUCCCAAAUUAAAACAUGACUUUACAGUAGAAACAGACUUCACUGUUGCAUUAAAGAAAUAGUUGUUACUGUGUGAUAUGGCAUCAGCAGAUCAAAUCAGCCAUCGUACUGCGGUGCAUUUCUAACAUGCAACACUUCUGAGCUUCACUAAAUGCUAUAGGUUUGACGACUUCACAGUAGUAAACAGUGAGACACAAGGCUACCUCUAUGCUGCCCCUUCUGUCCUCCUAACCCAAAAUAUAUUCGAUCUGAAAUACUUUUCUUCAAGCCAACCCGUCAGUGAUGCCUGUUCAGUGUCCCACUUUAUGUUGGUGCAGGAUACAAGUACUGUAUAUCGAUAUAUAUCUAUAUAUAUCUACACCUUAAUGUAGAGUAGUGAAUGUACAAUGAAUUGAAGGCCAAUGUAUUUUCAAAGCUGCCCAAAGGGAUUGUGCAGAUGUCCAUCCUCGUGUGUGAAAUUGAACAGUCCACCACCUCCUAUCGUUCAGUUUCCCCAUUUCAUCCUCCCACGCCGUUUAAAUCUAGACUAUUUUCUAUACACAAGAGUUGAACUGAAACUGCCAAAAACAAAGGAAAAAAAAAAAACAAAACCCAAGAAUGUAUGCAAAACAUUCUGAUGCUUUCUGUACAAUUCUCGGCCAAACAGCCAUCUUCACCUACAGUAAACUGAUGAACACCGUUUUCCUAUUUACGGACCACUUCCUCAGACAUUGCUUCUCUUCAUUUUGAGUGACUGUUGCUCUUUUUGUACUUUGUCCAUUUGUAAAAUUGUUUUUAAAUGUUUAUACUUGAUUUUCAGACUGCCUUUUUUGUACAUUUAAAUUUAUAAUCAAACAGUUUAAGCUUUCCCCAUGGUGUCUUGAAGACCAUAUUGUUUAAAAGUCUGCAACUGUGUGCUAGCUUUAUGAUAAGAAUUAUCAGCCUAUAUUGAUGGUUACAAAUUAUUGUGUGGGUGUGCAUGUGCAAUCUUUUAUAUAAAAAAAUUAAAUAAAUUUGAUAUUUUGUAAUGUAA